CCAAAUAUGUUUACCUCUUAUAAUGCCUGCUUUGUACCUACCUCUUUCUGGCUCACUGGCAUCCCAGGACUGGAGUCCCUACACAUCUGGAUCUCCAUCCCCUUUGCUUCCAUGUAUGUGGUGGCUGUGAUGGGAAACAUCACUAUCCUUGGAGUAGUAAAGAUGGAGAGGAGUCUGCAUCAGCCUAUGUACUUCUUUCUGUGCAUGUUGGCAGUCAUUGACUUGGUCCUCUCAACCUCUACCAUUCCCAAACUACUGGCCAUCUUCUGGUUUGGUGCCUGUAACAUUGCCUUGGAUGCUUGUUUGACCCAGAUGUUCUUCAUCCACUGCUUUGCCACUGUUGAGUCAGGCAUCUUCCUUGCCAUGGCUUUUGAUCGCUAUGUGGCCAUUUGUGACCCACUCCACCAUACCUCCAUACUCACCCAUGCAGUAGUGAGACGUUUGGGGCUGGCUGCCCUCCUCCGGGGGAUACUCUAUAUUGGACCUCUACCCCUACUGAUUCGCGUGAGACUGCACCUUUAUCGGACCCAAAUCAUUACCCAUUCCUACUGUGAGCACAUGGCUGUGGUCACCUUGGCAUGUGGUGACACAAGGGUCAACAACUUAUAUGGAAUGGGAAUAGGCUUCCUUGUGUUAAUCCUAGAUUCAUUAGCCAUCACUGCCUCUUACGUGAUGAUUUUCAGGGCUAUAAUGGGGUUGACUACCCCUGAAGCUAGGCUUAAAACCUUAGGGACAUGUGGUUCUCAUAUCUGCGCCAUCCUCAUCUUCUAUAUUCCUAUUGCUGUCUCCUCUCUCACCCAUCGCUUUGGGCAUAAUGUGCCUCCCCAUAUCCAUAUCCUUUUGGCCAACUUUUAUCUCCUCAUCCCACCCAUCCUCAACCCAGUUGUCUAUGCUGUCCGUACAAAGCAGAUCCGAGAGAGGCUUCUCCAUAUUCUUAAGACAGGUGCUCAACCCAAGUGA